AUGGGACAGCCAGUUCAAGUCGACGCCCUCGUCGUUGGUGCCGGUGUUGGCGGUAUCUAUUCCACCUACCGCCUGUCGCGAUUGGGCCUAGAUGUCAAAUGCAUCGACAUGGCAGGGGAUGUUGGCGGUACAUGGUACUGGAAUCGAUACCCCGGCGCAAUGAGCGACACUGAAAGCUACCUGUACCGUUACUCGUGGGAUAAAGACGACCUCCAAACAUAUCCAUGGACACACCACUACGUCUAUCAGCCCGAGAUCCUCGCCUAUCUCCAACAUAUUGUCAAGAAGCACGAUUUGAGAAAGCAUAUGCAAUUCAAUUGCGAAAUGAAAACGGCGGAUUGGGAUAAUUCCAUCCAGCGAUGGCGAGUCGUCUGUGGAAACGGCCAAGUUGUCCUUGCUCGCUACCUUGUCAACUCCCUUGGGCUUCUUUCGAAAGCAAAUUAUCCCAGCAUCGCCGGAUUGCCAAGCUUCAAAGGCACCCUCUUACAUACAGCUACAUGGGACGAUUCGGUGAAGCUAGACGGAAAGCGUGUUGGCAUCAUUGGGAAUGGAUCAACUGGAGUCCAGGUAAUGACUUCCAUCGCUCCCAUCGUUGACCACUUGACGUCCUUCCAACGGCACCCACAAUACUCCGUACCGAGUGGACAGAAGCCAGUCAGUGCCGAAUAUCGUCAAAAGACCAAUGAGAACUACGACAAAAUUUGGGACAACGUUUUCAAGUCUACCGUUGGCUUCGGUGUACCUGAAUCCGCCCGGAAAACCAUGGAGGCCACGCCCGAAGAGCGACAGAAAGCUUUCCAAGAAGUCUGGGACCAAGGAAAUGGCUUCAGGUUUAUGUUCAGUGCGUUUGGGGAUAUUACCACCAACGAAGACGCCAACAAUGAAGCGUGCAACUUCAUCCGGGGCAAGAUUGAUGAGAUUGUCAAGGAUCCACGAAAGGCGGCGGUGCUGAAGCCCAAAGACCUCUACGCUCGUCGCCCGCUCUGUGAUUCGGGCUACUACCAAAUUUUCAAUCGCGACAACGUGGAUGUGGUGGAUCUUCAAGCAACCCCCAUCCAAGAAAUAGUCGAACGCGGCAUCAAGCUGUCAGAUGGCUCCAUCCACGAACUCGACGUCUUGAUCUUUGCCACCGGAUUUGAAGCUAUCGAGGGAAGCUACACCAGAAUCAUGAUCAAGGGCCUCAAUGGUGAGACUAUGCAAGAACACUGGAAGGAUGGCUUGAGGGCAUAUGGCAGCAUCGCAUGCUCCGGGUUCCCUAAUAUGUUUCUCAUUUCAGGACCUCAGGGUGCCUUUGCCAACUUUCCACCAGUCAUUGAAAGCGAAGUCAACUUCGUCACGGCUUGCAUUAUGCACGCAGAGGGAAUCUCUGAUUCCCACAAGCCCCGUAUCAUGGAGGUAUCCAAGGAGGCUGAGGAAGGAUGGUCAGAUAUUUGCAAUCGCAUGAUACAAGGCUCCCUAUUCACCAAGGCCGCCAGCUGGAUCUUCAGUCAGAAUAUUCCUGGGCGUAAGGCAAGCACCAACUUUUACUUCGGUGGUUUGCGGUCGUAUUUGGAAUGGGUUGACAAAGAGAUAUCCGGAGGAUUCCAGGCAUUCACGAGAUGA